CUUGAAAUCAUUGACAACGGUUCCCGUUUGCGUUUAAUCAAUUUGCCAAGGUGACGAUGGAGAGCAACAAACUCUCGCGCAGUCAAGUUCUGCUCUUGGGCCGAGCGAGCGUUACUGUCUCGCGCCCCGGUCCAUGCUAGGGAUAUCCGAGCGGAUUACUGCUCAUAGCGGCGAGCAAUACCCACCGCCACCACCUUCCCUUUUAAAAGCACUUCGGCCGAAGCUUACCUCUCAACGGACGGGAAGGCGGGGAGGCGGGGAGGCGGGGGGCAGGUCAGCAAACCGAAUUGGGAGGAUGAUGCUCGGCAAAAGACUUUUCCACUCAAAAAGCAAAGUUAAAGUUAAAAAGCAAAGAGAGGCAGAAAGAGAGAUAGAUGGAGAGUGUAUGAUUGUACCUAUGCAGGCGGUCGAUUGAGGAGUGACAGAGGCCCCCCCCUCCACCCCGGUCGAGUUGCAAAGGAAUGGCGUCGACGGCUUGGGGGUUUGUGCGGUGCACCUGCACCUGCACGAAGAUGACCAGAUAGUAUCAUUGUUCACGGGCGCGUGUAUUGUCUCUGCUCUCUCGCGCAAUAUGCAACUUCUUGCCUGCCCAUUGGAUCCCUCCUGUCUGCCACGGUAUCCGACGGGCGACGUCUCCCCCUGGGUUGAGGUUCAAAUAGAGCAGAGAGAGCAAUGAAGGCCACAUAGGAAAGCACUUUACACGCUGUGCUGCGCCGCGGCCCUGCCCUGGUCCCGUUCUGUGCUGCACUUCCCUAGACUGCUCUGGAGACUAAUGG